AUAUAAACCUGGGGCCUCUCACCUUCUCAUGGCUCAAAUUACUCCUGCAGAUCUCUGUCCUCUUCUGGAAAGUAGAAUUCGGUGGAACUGCGGCGCAUCGCCAACAUCUCAGGAAUAUUAUUUUGCUGCUGAACGUCUCCGAUCAUGAGGAUGGUGUAAAAUGAAUAGAUUAUUAUUAAGUGACCGCAGUUAGGAGACUCAUCGUUCUGCUCGCUGCUGAUCCUCGAGCAGAGACGGUUUUGGGGCCGAACGAGUUUAUUUCCUUCCCGGCUCAGCAUGAACCUCAUCGGGGGCUAUCAGCAUCAUCACCACCACCACCUCAUGCACGAACCCUUCCCGUUUGUCCAGCGGUGCCACCAGGACGCACCGUAUUUCCAGAGUUGGGUGGUGAACCACGGCGAGGUGCCCGCGGACUUCCAGAUCCAGGCGCCCUACACGCCGUCCGCGGAGCUGGGAGCGCAUGGGACGGCGCACGACGGCCGGCUGGAGGCUCUGCAGAGCGGCAUCGGGAAGAGGAGGGCGUCCGGACCGAAGAAGGAGCGCCGCAGGACGGAGAGCAUCAACACGGCCUUCGCUGAGCUCCGGGAGUGUAUCCCCAACGUUCCUGCAGACACCAAACUGUCCAAAAUCAAAACUCUGCGCCUUGCGACCAGUUACAUCGCGUAUCUGAUGGACGUGCUGGCCAAGGAUUCCGGAGAGACGGAGGGCUUUAAGGCCGAGAUUAAGAAAUUUGAAACGCGGGAUUUGAAAAGGAAACGGGAGCUG